AUGUACCGCCAGGUUCAAGUGAACACUGAUGACCGUGACUUGCAACUCGUCAUUUGGAGAGGAGAUGAGUCCGAGCCCCUUAGAACGCUGCGAUUAAAUACUCUUACUUACGGCACCGCAAGUUUGAAUAUAACCAGGCCAGUUAUAUGUGACUCGCCUAAAUCAAUUGAAAUGCAUGUUUUCAGUGACGCCUCACAAGUCGCCUACGGCAGUGGCGUUUAUAUGAGGUCUGUUGCUGCAAACGGUGACAUCACUGUAAAACUUUUAUGCAGUAAGUCUAAAGUCUCACCUGUGAAGCCCACGACGAUAGUACGUCUCGAGCUCUGUGCCGCACUGCUGGCUGCGAGGCUUAGCAAAGCUGUACUGGACUCGCUGCGUUACAAACCUGAUCGCGUGCUUUACUGGUCUGACUCGAGCAUAAUUCUGGCAUGGCUGAAAAAUAAUAUAACACAGUUAAAAUCAUUUGUGGCAAAUCGUGUCACAGAAAUAUUAGAAAUAACUUACCCAUCAACCUGGCGGUACUGA